AUGAAGCCAAAUUUCUCGAGUUUUCUCGAGUUCGAGAAAGCUCGAGCAGAAACCCUAGUUGGCAGGUUGAAGCAAAAACCUCGAAAAACGGCCAAACAUUUAUUCGACGACUCUGAAGAGGAAUCAGUUAAUAAACCAACUAAAUCAUCAGCGAAAAAGUCGUCUACCAAACGCAAGUCAGCAGAGAGCUCGAGUGGAGACAAACGAACUCGAACCUCAGGGUGGAAGCUGGACUUGGACGACGACGCGGACGUCGAGAGCAGUCGCGCGCGCAGCCAGCCCGGCCGCCUGCAGUCCGUGCUGACGCGCCGAGUGGCCGACGGAGUCCUGCGCCGCACCGCCUCUCUGCCUGGGGAUCUCUUCGUGGAGUUGCGCCUCUACAACGCGGACGAGAUACGAGCUGUGCAGCCGAAAGAUGGUUGGGAGAAGGCGAAUUUACUCUUAGAACUAAUGACUCUAACAAAUCUGAGCUAA